ACUCACUUGUUCAAUAAACACAACAAUCACUUGUUCAAUAAUCCUAAACUAGAAGAAAGUGAAGUAAUUGCCAGAUUGCAGAUUUACCAGCAAGAGUAUUGGAACUGUAUGCAGAGCGAAAUCCAAGAGAGAGGUUCCCGUCAGGUGGUGAGGUGGGAGAAACCAGAAAGAGGUGUGCUGAAAGUGAAUGUCGAUGCUGCCAAAGUGAAAGAGGUAGGGACUAGAUUGGGAUUGGUGGCAAGAGACGAGGAAGGGAGGUUUGUCUUGGCGGUGGUGAAGAGAACUAGAGUGAGCUGGGAGCCAGAGCUUACAGAAGCUCAGGCGUUACUAUGGGCUGUCCGGUUAAUCAGUGUGCAUGCUAGGAGGCCUACCCUCUUGGAAACGGAUUUCCACUCGUUAAUUCAGAAAUUGGACAGGGGGGAAGAGAUUGAAACAAAGGUGGGGGUGGUAGUUAACGAGAUUCGGGAGCUGAGGUUGGAAAGAGGUGAGAUUCGAUGGCGAUUUUGGGGAAGAGGAGGGAAUGGAGCUGCGGACGAAAUGGCCAGGGCAAAAUGCAAGUGGGAAGAAACAAAGAUGUGGGUAGAUAUGCCCCUCGUUUACAUUCUUCAGACCCUUAUGAAGGACUGUAAUGGCAAUUUGCCACCAUAGAUAAAAGCUUUUAGGCCUUUAAAAAAACCUCAUAUGAGAAGGAUUUUUCUACCCCAUGAUUCUCCUAUUUAACUCACUGGAUACAACAACUCUGAUUGAGCCACAUUGCCCAGGCUCAAGAUGAACAGUCAUGGAGUUUUGCGCAUUUCUUAGAAAAGGUUAAUCAAAUGGAAGAGCAAGAAGUAUGGCUCAGUAUCCAGAUCUUCUUCAUAUGUAGAGUACAGAGCCUUGGCCCAUAUGAGUUGUGAAGUUCACUGCUUAGUCAUAUUGUUGGGAUAUUUUGGGAUUGAUCAUUCUCAUUCAGUUAAGGUGGUUUGUGAUAACCAGUGUGCAAUUUAUAUAGCACGAAAUCAUGUGUUUCAUGAUAUAAGGGAACACGACGUAGACUAUCAAGUUAUUCGAGAAAGAUUGCAUAAUGGGUUGAUUAGUCUUGAUCAUUUAUCAACUAAUCAUCAACUUGAAACAUGUUUACAAAGAGAUUAUGAAUUGGUAGGUUCAAACUUUUUGUGUCCAAGUUGGGAGAACCUGGUAGAUACUCACCAACUUGUGGGAGCGUAUUAUAUUGGAGAACUAAUAUAGUCCUAAGCUACAACAACAAACACAAUCAACAAUGAUCCUCUAUGUCCAAAUGAUUACUACUGAAAUGAAGAAUUGCAGAAGAUCAAGAAGAAGUCUUCGAAGUGGAUUAGAAACAAAUCAAGUGGAACAACGCUGUUCGUCUUUUAUCUAGAAACAAGGAUUGAGUGGAAACCUUGUCGUUCUAAUAAACCGACAGAGCUUCGUUGUAAUGAAACUUUGAUAGUUAA